CGCGAUCCGGGGAAGGGACGAAUUAGAGAGUGAAGUAUUACCUUGCCGGUUAAUUUAUUCAUGAACUUGGUGUUGGCGGCGAAACUCAUAAGAAAGACUGGAACACUGACGUACACGGCGAACUUCCCGACCUCUAGAAUUCCCUUGGAAAAUUCGAUGUUUGACAUUUUGUUUCGCCGGCGAGGAGGAAACAAAAAUCUCAGGUGUAAGGAGGAAAUUGUUCACUGCGGCCUCUCGCUAAUUUAUAUUGAGGCGGUCCUGUGGGAAGGAGAAAGGAGAGGAUCAGGCCUUCGCUACGUGGCAGAGUAGGAAAUUGUUCACUGCGGCCUCUCGCUAGUUAUUUUAUUCUUUGCACCCCAAAAUUAAUUUGUAGACACAACCAGGAACCAGCCCUUGGACAAAUGAGUGGGCUAGCCGCACCUACCUAGGUUGAAAAGCAGAUAGCAGUAGUGGGCCUCGCAAAAUAUGUUUGUAACGUUAACCAUAAGAUGGCUUUGUACUGUUGGGCCUUGCAGAGCCCAACCUCUUGCCUGUGGCUGGUUGAGUUUUUAUUAGUUCCCCGUCGGUCCACACCCAAAAAUCUCCCCUUUUCCUCGCUCGCUGUCUUCGGGUUGCGCUUCUACUCAGAGACUGCGCGCGGUGCUCUGCUGCUUCAGUGCGGAUUUCCCCAGUCGCCGUCUUCCUUUUGCUCUCCACCCGACGACUUCUGGUGCUUCCGUUGAAACCCUAGCCAUCUUCAACAAUGCAGUGCUCAAUAUCUGGCGACGUGCCGGUGGAGCCCGUCGUGAACGCCAAGUCUGGGCUUCUGUACGAGAAGCGCUUAAUCGAGAGGUUCAUUGAUGAUACUGGUAAAUGCCCAGUUACGGGGGAAACUCUUACAACAGAUGACUUAGUACCGAUCAAAAUGGGCAAGAUUGUGAAGCCCAGAACUGUUCAGACAGCUAGCAUUCCUGGAAUGCUAGGCAUGUUCCAGAAUGAAUGGGAUGGACUCAUGUUGUCCAAUUUUGCUUUGGAACAACAACUACAUACUGCACGUCAGGAGCUCAGUCAUGCACUCUACCAGCACGAUGCAGCUUGCCGUGUAAUUGCAAGACUUAAAAAGGAAAGGGAUGAAGCAAGAGCGUUGCUUUCACAGUCGGAUAGACAGAUUCCUAUGUCGGCCGCAGCAGCUGGUGCAACUAACGCUUCUGCUGUUGCUAAUGGAAAAAGAGCAGCGGAGGAUGAUGAUUUGGCCCCUCCUGGAAAGAAGCUUCGCCCAGGAAUUUCAGCUGACAUAAUUACCGAGUUAACUGAAUGUAACGCUGCCCUUUCACAGCAACGUAAAAGGCGACAGAUUCCUGCAACCUUGGCGUCUAUUGAAGAUUUGGGGAGAUACACCCAACUUUCCAGUCAUCCACUUCACAAGACUAACAAGCCAGGAGUCACAUCUAUUGACAUCCAGCAUUCAAAGGACUUUAUAGCCACUGGAGGAGUUGAUUCCACAGCUGUAAUCUUCGAUCGCUCAUCAGGACAGAUCCGAUCAACCCUUAGUGGACACUCUAAGAAGGUUACUAGUGUAAACUUUGUAGCUGAUGGUGGGACGUUCUUGACAGGAUCGGCCGAUAAGACUGUUCGUAUAUGGCAAGAAUCUGAAGAUGGGAACUAUGAUUGCCGACACAUUUUGAAGGAUCAUACUGCCGAGGUUCAAGCUGUCACUGUCCAUGCCACUAAUAACUACUUUGUCACUGCUUCUCUUGACAAUACAUGGUGCUUCUAUGAUCUUUCCUCAGGUUCAUGCUUAGCACAGGUUGCUGCCGACACAGACAGUUCGAAUCUUGUAGGGUACACAGCUGCUGCCUUCCAUCCUGAUGGUCUAAUUCUUGGAACUGGCACCUCUGAAGCUAUUGUCAAAAUUUGGGAUGUUAAAAGCCAGGCCAAUGUUGCCAAAUUUGAAGGGCAUGUUGGGCCAGUAACUGCCAUAUCUUUCUCCGAAAAUGGUUACUUCCUUGCUACGGCUGCACAUGAUAGUGUUAAGCUUUGGGAUUUGCGCAAAUUGAAGAACUUCCGGACUCUCAAUCUUUAUGACGGAGAUGCACCAACCAACUCCGUGGUAUUUGACCACAGUGGCUCUUACUUGGGAGUUGCGGGCUCAGACAUAAGAGUCUUCCAAGUAGCUAGUGUGAAAGCAGACUGGAACUGCAUCAAAACUCUUCCCGAUUUAUCCGGAACAGGGAAAGCAACAUGUGUGAGAUUUGGUCCAGAUGCGAAAUACCUUGCUGUAGGAUCAAUGGAUCGUAACCUCAGAAUAUUUGGGCUGCCUGAGGAGGAUGUGGAACCACCACAGCCAGAGGCUUAAGAGCCAACUCAUCAGAGAGAGAAGCAAGCCAGCCAAUCUUUUUGGCUUUCAGGAGCAUUGUUACAUUUUUGCUUCCACUGGGGUCUGAGGAAUUUUUCAGUAAGGGAGCGGCAGAGCAAACGGUGGGAUCUUAAGUGUUUCAGUAUUAGGUGUGGUUUCUUUAGACUCCAAGAAAGAUCGUCGGGCGCAUUAGUGAGUUUUCUGUAGAACAUUGAGGUGGAAGAGUCACUGGAACACUGGUUGGUACAGCUAAUGAGAGUUCGAUUUGUAUGGUGCCUUGUAUUUCGCAGAUGACGAUACUCUGUUCUUUUUGGUUGCAAGAGAAAAUUUCUCCAGACGUUUCACUAUUGUAGU